AUGUCAGAAAUAUGGCGAAAACAAGACGUAAUAGAUUGUACAUACAAUGAGCGAACCACGAAAGCUGCCCUCGCCGCCUCCAGCGCCAUCACCAGCUGCUCUACCACCAUCAGCUUCAUCACCGGCAUUCCCCCCAACACCGCCGCCAUCACUUGCUUCUGUGCCGUCCUCACCGCCCAUUACCCCUGCAGCGCAUCAAACCCCCAGGUGUUGCAGACGCAACAGGAAUGCCGUGUGUUGGGUUCUACGGGCCGUACCUAUACUGGAAUCAUCGAGGGAAUCAGCGCGGCGGAACUGGAAAGAAUAGCUAAAGAAGAAGAGAGAAAAUGGUUUUGGCAGAACGGCAAAGAAAAAGAGGAAAAAGAACAAAGUGUUUAUAAAGAAUUAAAAAGUUUGGGACAGAAGUGUGCGGGCGGGGGAGGAGUAUGCGGUCUGACUGGUUGCUCGAACGACGACCGGAGGCUGCGCGCGCGCCGGCCGCAGGAGAGCCGGGCGCGGGUCGCGGCAGUGUCGUGCGCGCCUCGCAUGCGCCUGCGCAGCCCGCCGCCGCCCGACCAGCGCGCCAUCAUAGCGUACGCCGGGAAAAGUAAAAGUUUUCAGUGCAGUGCAGUGCAGUGGUAG